GAAGACCCUUUGGCAGAAUAUCAAAGAUUAACAAAAACGCAGAAAUUUUAUAUCUUAAAAAAGUAAAGACAAAAAUGGGCAGUCAAUUGGUUAUCUCCGUAAUGGUUGGCUUCUUGGCUUUAUCUAAAGCAAGCAUUAUUUCUCAGAAAUUUAUUGCAAUAUUUGAGCUGAAUGAUAACAUAUCAAACUACGAGAUUUUAGGAGAACAGAAUUCUAAUUCUUUGACCGAGUGCGCCGCGAUGUGUCAAAGGGAGUGCGUCUUAAUUGGUUUUAACCCUGAAAUGAAGAAAUGCCGUACCCACAAGAAAAUAAUAACGUCUGGGAUAUCUAAUGAGGCCGGUUGGAGAUACUACUCGAAUAACUAUUGUGUUUUCUCUGCCAUGCCCAAAGAUUGUAACGAACUUUGUGAAGAUGGACAAGCUACUACAGGGGUGUAUGAUAUAUACCCCUAUGGGACCAUUACCAGUCCUGUCCGUGUGUAUUGCGAUAUGACGACAAUGGGCGGGGGAUGGACGGCCAUUCAGAAACGCGUAAACGGAUCCGUAAGCUUUGACAGGAACUGGACGGAAUAUAAAAAUGGUUUUGGUUCACCGGAACAAAAUUUCUGGGUUGAAUGGUACAACGCUUUAUGAAAUGUACGACGGAUUCUCUGUCUCCAACGAAGCUGGAAAAUAUCAACUCUUUCUUGAGGGACCUGCUACGGGAACCUUAGGU